GAAGUUUUUGUGAUCGUUUCCUCCGUGACUCUGCUCCCUCCGCCGCACCGAUGGAAUGGUUCCCUUUAAUCGGAUUAUCGCAGCUGUAAACUCCGGUUCCCUCCGGUGACCGCAGCGGCUCCACCGGGGGUCCUCGGUCCCACCGCAGCCGCCCUCAGCGCUCCCUCCCCGGCCUCCUCGAGCUGCAGCGGUCGGUCCUAUGAGCGCGGCGUUCAGUCCGUCCUUCAUGGUGAUGCAGCGGCCACUCGGAAGCACCACCGCCUUCAGCAUCGACUCUCUGAUCGGGGGGCCCCCGCAGCCCAGCCCGGGACACUUCGUCUACACCGGCUACCCGAUGUUCAUGCCCUACCGGUCGGUGGUGCUGCAGCCGCCGCCGCCGCCCCCCCCGGCCCUGCAGCAGGCGCUCCCCGCGGGACACCACCCGCACCCGCAGAUCCCGAGCCUGCAGGGCGGCUUCUGCUCCGGGCUGGCGCAGGGCAUGGCGCUCACCUCCACGCUCAUGGCGUCGCUGCCCGGCGGCUUCUCCCCGUCUCAGCAGCACCAGGAGGCCGCGCGGAAGUUCGGUUCGCAGGCGCUGCACGCGGUCUUCGAUAAGGCGCAGGAGCUGCGGCUGGACGCGGAGGACGGGAAGGCUUUCCUGCCCGGGAAGGAGUCCGCGCUGCAGGCUUUCCACGAAGCGGACGCGGCGGUGCAGACAUCCACAGUCAGAGGACACACUAAAGAAGACGCCAAGGAGGACGAGUGCGGCCGGAAGGAUGAGAGCUUCUCCAUGGACAGUGACUUGGACUACAGCUCCGACGACAACCUGACCUCCAUGUGCCACAAGGAGGACGGGGAGGGCGGCGGCGGGCUGGAGGACGGCCCGCACAUGCACGGCUCCUCCGGCGGCGGCGGAGGCCCCGGCGGCGGCGGGGGAGGAGGCUCCUCCGGCGGCGGCAAGAACCGGCGGCGGCGGACGGCGUUCACGAGCGAGCAGCUGCUGGAGCUGGAGAAGGAGUUCCACUGCAAGAAGUACCUGUCUCUAACCGAGCGCUCGCAGAUCGCGCACGCGCUCAAGCUGAGCGAGGUGCAGGUGAAGAUCUGGUUCCAGAACCGGCGCGCCAAGUGGAAACGCGUCAAGGCCGGAAACGUCAACAACAAGUCCGGGGAGCCGUCCCGGAACCCCAAAAUAGUCGUUCCCAUCCCGGUGCACGUGAGCCGCUUCGCAAUAAGGAGUCAGCACCAGCAGAUGGAGCAGGCCAGGCCGUAG